AUGUCCAUGACAACUCCCCCGGCCCCGUAUGCCCAGGCGCCAAUGUGCUCAGAUGCCUACGAGGCAGCGAAACUCGGCAGACACAACCACUCGCCCCCUAUAGCCGACCCAGCAUACAUAGGACCAGACCACCGCAUAGGCGCGACACCCUCCUACACGAUGACACCCCAUCUCCGCUGCAGCAGGGUCUGCCGAGUUUCACUUAGCAUGCCCACCCAUAGGCCCGUCCGAGAAGCAGCAGGGGCAGCACAAUACCUUCCGCUGUAUCAUACCCGAAUUGCUAGCAAGCGCCAGCAGUACAAGAAGCAUGCCGGAAUCCAGGACGGGAAGAUGAAGUCUGGUUGCAUCCGCGGGGUGAGCGAGGGAGUUGACGACAUAGCUUUCCCACAGUCGUUUCUCGAAGAGCCGCCUGAUAUCACCUCUGGUGUGACCUUUGAGGUGACUAUCAAGUCUGGGCUCAAGCUCGAGCUCGAGCUUGAGGCUUCGGAGGCUUCGAAGGCUUACGUGUGGCAAUGCUCGCUCGCGAGUGGCAAGUUGUACGUGUUUAUCGAGAGGCAGCCCAUGUUCGAAAUUCGCCCGUCAGGGGUGUUCAAGGUUGAGCCAGGCCUGAAGUUUGUCGUACAGAACCGGCUUUUAUAG